AUUUUUUUACACUUCAAUUCGUAUAUGCAACCUAUGCCGCGAACGAGGUCCGGCCGAACGACGUCGCUACGUGAAUUGGAGCCGGAGAAAAUUGAGGGCGCCGGCAGCUGGGACGCCAUCGAAUGGACUAAAGUUGAUCAGGUUUCAGCUUCGAAGCCAGUUUCGCAGGGACUGCAGCAGCUGUUGCUUGAAGCGGAGUUUAUCAUUGUAGAGUGAGAAAGAAAGGCAGCAAGCUGGUAUUUAUGAUGCAUGUGGGUGCUUGUGGGUGUACUUGGCUGAUUUGCGUGCUUCAGAUAGAUCUUCUGGUCAUCAUAACCAUUUCUACGACGCAUCAAAAGUUCAAGGUCCAUUAUUACCUCCUGCUGCAGCUUUAGCACCAACACUUUGGCCUCAGUUCCACUUUGAUGGGCAUGUCCAUCAGAAGCCCAAGCUGGGGAGAUAGAGGCACAUUGUAGAAACAUGGCUGAGAAAAUAUCUGAAUUGCAGAAGGAAAAGGAUAUAGCAGAGGCAAAACUAAGAGAAACAACUUCAACUGUGGCGUCUUUGACUGAUGAGUUGCGAAAUGAGAAGCUCAACAGCAGCUCGGUAAGGGACUGGGCUAGGAGUGCCAAAAAGGAAAAUGUUGCUAUAAAGCGGGCAAUACAAUCACUUGGGUGCAAGGUUCAGUUUUCUGAAGACGGUGAUUGUAUUGUUGGCAUCGAGAACAUCGCAGCAGAGAUUCCUCAAAAAUCUCUCUUUUCCAUUGAGGAUAUGCAGUCUAGUUUGUACAUGCAGAGUGACGAGAAACCAGACAGUCUCGUGUACGUUACCCGUGAAGAAGAUGAAGAUGGUGAUUCCAUCAACCCUAUAAACCAGGUAUGUGAAUCUUUAUGCCCUCUACGCACUCGAGAGGGAGGGUGUAGAUGGCCCGAAGCCGGUUGUGCCCAAUUUGGAAGCCAGUUUGUCGGUAUGAAGGAGAACUUUGAUGCUUUUGACCGGCUUUCUAUAUACGACAGCUAUUUCCAGUCACAAUAGAAGCUUUGGAGGUUGUUACAAUGCAUUUUUGUGAGAGAAUAUAAAAAAAGAUGGGACCCUCACAUUCAACAAGGGUCUUCUGGAGGUGUACAUACAUAGGCAUGAGUCAGCAUUGAUUUCUAGCGAUCCAAGAAGGUAGCACAAGGUAAAUUCGGUGUAAAGUGCAUAACGCCAUUCAUGUCAUGGGGUUUGGCUGUAACGGGUUUCUACGGCUUUAACAUACUCUCACGUCAUGGGGUUUGGCUCUUACGGUCUAGAUCCCCUGUGUAAAGGUUAGCAGUCGACAUUCAGCGACAGGUAGUAUGUGUAUAGAAUCCUACUCCCCAUGUCACUUUUAGUAUGUCGGACACAGGUUUUUAAGAAAUGUAAUAAAAAGUAUUUUCUUUUACUAAGAUGAAUCAAUAAUUUAUUAAGAUAAAA